AUGGAGAGCACAAGCAGCGUCCCCCAAAGCAGCGGGAAUCCCAGGCUUACGGUUCGGGAGCUAGUUCAGUAUCCUGAGGCAAAGCGUGUUACAAAGAAGGCGGCGGAGGAGAGCGUGUUUCCACCCUUGGUGGACGUCGAGCUUCUUCGGCUAGAUGAAACUUGUGGCGUUUGUUUGGGGGAUUUCUGCGACGAUGAGCCGUGCGUCAAGGCCCCUUCAGCCCCCGCAUCCGAAGUCCAAGAGUCUCAAGGGGCGGCCAAGUGUGAGACCGAUGUUGUAGAGAUUCCAGACUCUGAGGAUGAUGCAGAGCUGGCAGCAAGGCGGAGAGAGGACGAGGAGGAGGAUCCUCUCCGGGAUAUUGGCUUGCUCACGGGAUGUGCGCAUACCUACCACUUCUUCUGCAUUGAGAAGUGGGGGAGGCAGAGAGAGAACAGCUGUCCGCAGUGCAAGAGUCGCUUCAGCUGGAUAGGGCGAUAUACGCGAAAGGGAGAGCGGCUCUGCUGUUAUCGUGUCGGCCUGAAACACCAGAAGGAUACUGCAGAGGUCACCAUUGCGGACUACCAGUACCAAGAGCAGCACCAGCAGCAACUCUGUCGUUUGUGCAGCACCUUGAUCGAAUCUGCCCGGGAUGCGCUUUGCUGCAGCGACCAGCUGUGCCUUAAUGCUUUCCACUUUGUUUGCGCCGGCUUCGACGCCCUUCCAUCAGGAGUAUGGUUCUGCCCCCAGUGUAGGGCCAGUGGCAUCUGCAGAGAUGCAGAGAGCAGGCGCAUUGCCCCAAGCCGCAUUUCUCCCGAAGGCUUCCUGCUGCCUCCCAGAUCUGCCACCAGGAGAGUUGGUGCUGCUGCUGCUCUGCCUGCUGGCGAGGCCGAAGACCGCUUAGAGAGGGAGCGGCAAGUGCUCAUAGAGAGCCUCUCGAACGCCGUAGUUCGCAGAAUCAAUAGGACGGCGAGACAGCGAGGCAGGGACGAAGGGGCUGUCGAGGAGGAGGCUUCCAGCAGGAGGGCUUCACGGGGCAGAAGGACGACAGCGGCUGCAACGCCAAGUCAGAGGAGAGGAGGACGACGUCAGCAGCAGCAGCUACAACAGGAACAUGCAGCGCAAAAUGCAUCUGCCGUCCGUGCGGAAGGAGAAGCUUCGGCCUUUGCUAUUGACGUGAGGCGCGCAGGAGGAGGAUCAGCGCCUGUGGCUACACCAACGCCGUCGUCAUUGGCAGGCGGUGAAGCAGUCUCUGAUGCGGCUCCCCCUUCUGAAGCCCCCCGGAUGUUGCGCUUCUACUUAGGUGCUCAGAGCGGCGCUGCUUCUCUUGGGCCUGCCGUGGCGACCUCCGUCACCACUCGCAGCACUCCCUGGUUGUUGCAGCGCAAGUUGGAUAUCAUUAAGUUGCGUCAGGAGCGCAGGGAGGCUCUGAGGCGGCAAGAGGCCAUCAGGCGCAUGGAGGCGCAGGCAAAAGUCGUUUGCAGCGGCGUUAGCAUCGAGAACUCCUCUGGAGCAGAUCUUGUGGAGGAUCUGCUGCUACAUUGCAGCCAGCUGGUGCGCAGGCACAAGGGGGAAGCUCCUGUUCCCGAAGGCUCUGGAGCUUCUCUUCCCCAAUUCACGGGGGCAAGAGAAACGACAGCCUCGCCUCGAAUUGAGAGUGCCAGCAGCAGAGGGGAUGGUCAUAAAAAGGAGGACGCGAGGGGCUGCCUUGCAAGAGAGCGGGAGGCGAGGGAGAAUGGUGCUCAGGGGCAGGGACGGAGCGAGGAAGACAGCUGCAGCUCGUUUCUCAGGGAUAAGUGCGAGGAAUUGUUACAGGAGGAGGCGCAGCGAAGGGCUGACGCCAAGGACAACCUUGUGAGGGCCCAGAUACUUCUAGAGAUCGACCAGGCAAGAACCAGAUUUUGUGAAGACACAGUAAGGACUGCACUCCUCAAAUCCCAAGGCAAGGACGGCCCCCGAGAUUCUGCUCGUGCGUGA